GGUAAAACGUGUGAGGUGGUGGCAAAUGACGUCACCGGAUGCCGGAAGCGGGAGCGGAAACGGAGCGACUGAGGAGGAGGAGGAAGGAAAAUAACAAAACGAGCCGAGUGUAAGGAGCGAGAACCGAACAGGGAGGUAAACUGAGGCCGAACUUCUCCGCCACAUCCCGGUGACCUCCUCUUCCCCCAGCCGGGGGAGGAUGGGGAAGGACAGAGCUCGGUAACGGCACCGGCUGGACCCGCAGAUUCCAUAUGCAGGAUAUAUGCCGUACUGAUAGUUUUCUCAUAGAGAGAGAACCAAUUUAGCUUGGCAAUCAUGCCGCCAAGACCAUCCUCUGGGGAACUAUGGGGGAUUCACUUGAUGCCCCCCAGGAUACUGGUGGAUUGUUUAUUACCUAAUGGAAUGAUGGUGACUUUAGAAUGCCUUCGUGAGGCUACUCUUGUGAACAUUAAGCAUGAGCUCUUCAAAGAGGCCCGGAAGUUCCCUCUUCACCACUUACUCCAAGAUGAGUCCUCUUACAUUUUUGUUAGUGUUACACAAGAAGCAGAAAGAGAAGAGUUCUUCGAUGAGACCCGUCGCCUGUGUGACCUUAGGCUGUUUCAACCUUUCCUCAAAGUAAUCGAGCCUGUAGGCAACAGGGAAGAGAAAAUCCUGAAUCGAGAAAUUGGUUUUGCAAUAGGAAUGCCUGUUUGUGAGUUUGACAUGGUAAAGGAUCCAGAAGUUCAAGAUUUCAGGAAGAAUAUUCUUAAUGUUUGUAAAGAUGCAGUUGAACUCCGUGAUGCAAAUGGCCCGAUCAGUAGAGCACUUUAUGUUUACCCUCCCAAUGUAGAAUCCUCUUCAGAGCUUCCAAAGCACAUAGAAAGCAAACUAGACAAAGGCCAAAUAAUUGUGGUUAUUUGGGUCAUUGUUUCUCCUAACAAUGAAAAGCAGAAGUACUCUUUAAAGAUCAACCAUGAUUGUGUACCAGAACAUGUAAUAGCAGAAGCCAUCAGGAAAAAGACUCGAAGUAUGCUACUGUCCUCUGAACAGCUCAAGCUUUGUGUUCUGGAGUACCAGGGGAAAUACAUAUUAAAAGUAUGUGGAUGUGAUGAAUACUUGCUGGAAAAGUAUCCACUGAGUCAGUAUAAGUAUAUACGAAGCUGCAUUAUGCUCGGCCGGAUGCCUAAUUUAAUGUUGAUGGCCAAGGACAGCCUAUACAAUCAGAUCCCGGUUGACACCUUCACUAUGCCCUCCUAUUCAAGAAGAAUUUCAACGGCAACACCUUACAUGAAUGGAGAAGCUUCAGCAAAAUCUCUAUGGGCUAUCAACAGCCAUCUUAGAAUAAAAAUUCUCUGCGCAACCUAUGUCAAUGUUAACAUUCGAGAUAUUGAUAAGAUCUAUGUUCGAACUGGUAUUUAUCAUGGCGUUGAACCAUUGUGUGAUAAUGUCAACACUCAGCGAGUUCCCUGUUCAAAUCCAAGGUGGAAUGAAUGGCUUAUGUACGAUAUGUUCAUCCCAGAUUUACCCAGAGCAGCUCGCCUUUGUCUUUCCAUCUGCUCCGUAAAAGGCAGAAAAGGAGCUAAAGAAGAACACUGCCCAUUGGCGUGGGGCAAUAUAAACUUGUUCGAUUACACAGACACAUUAGUCUCUGGGAAAAUGGCAUUGAACUUGUGGCCUGUACCUCAUGGAUUGGAAGAUUUGCUUAACCCUAUUGGUGUUACAGGGUCCAACCCAAACAAGGAAACUCCCUGCCUCGAGCUUGAAUUUGACUGUUUUAGUAGCCCAGUCAAGUUCCCAGAUAUGGCAGCAAUAGAAGAUCAUGCAAACAAAGUUUUAGAGCGAGAGAUGGGCUACAAUUACAGCCAUUCCGGACUGACUAGCAGAAUAGCCAGAGAUAAUGAAGUCAGAGAAAGUGAUAAAGAGCAACUCAAAGCCAUUUCUACCCGGGACCCUCUCUCUGAAAUCACUGAGCAGGAAAAAGAAUUCCUUUGGAGCCACAGGCUUUAUUGCCGAAAUACCCCAGAAAUCCUCCCAAAGAUGCUUUUAGCUGUGAAAUGGAAUUGCAGAGAUGAUGUUGCACAGAUGUACUGUCUGCUUAAAGACUGGCCUCCAAUCCGACCUGAGCAAGCAAUGGAACUGCUGGACUUCAAUUACCCAGACAGGAUAGUACGGUCAUUUGCAGUUACAUGCUUGGAGAAGUAUCUGACUGAUGACAAGUUGUCGCAGUAUCUAAUCCAGCUAGUACAGGUUCUAAAGUAUGAGCAGUACUUGGACAAUUUACUAGUUAGGUUUCUGCUGAAGAAGGCCCUAACCAAUCAGAGAAUUGGACACUUCUUUUUCUGGCAUUUGAAGUCAGAAAUGCACAACAAAACAGUCAGUCAAAGGUUUGGACUGUUGCUGGAAUCCUACUGCAGAGCCUGUGGCAUGUACCUCAAGCAUUUAAGUCGACAGGUGGAGGCUAUGGAGAAACUUAUUAACCUCACUGACAUCCUAAAGCAGGAGAAGAAGGAUGAGCCUCACAAAGUGCAGAUGAAGUUUCUUGUUGAGCAAAUGAAGAGGCCAGAUUUUAUGGAUGCAUUACAAGGCUUUACCUCACCUCUCAAUCCUGCACAUCAGUUGGGGAAUCUCAGGCUUGAAGAAUGCAGAAUAAUGUCUUCUGCAAAAAGACCACUUUGGCUUAACUGGGAGAACCCUGAUAUUAUGUCUGAAAUGCUGUUUCUAAAUAAUGAGAUAAUCUUCAAAAACGGAGAUGACUUGCGGCAAGAUAUGCUAACGCUCCAGAUCUUAAGGAUUAUGGAAAAUAUUUGGCAAAAUCAGGGACUUGAUUUACGGAUGCUACCGUAUGGGUGCCUCUCGAUAGGUGAUUGUGUAGGACUUAUCGAAGUGGUCAGAUGUUCCCAUACUAUUAUGCAAAUUCAGUGUAAAGGAGGAUUAAAAGGUGCUCUGCAGUUCAACAGUCAUACGUUACAUCAGUGGCUCAGGGAUAAAAACAAAGGAGAAACGUAUGAUGCUGCCAUUGACUUAUUUACUCGAUCAUGUGCUGGUUACUGUGUUGCCACGUUUAUUCUUGGAAUAGGUGAUCGUCACAACAGUAACAUUAUGGUAAAAGACAAUGGGCAACUGUUUCACAUAGAUUUUGGGCACUUUCUGGAUCACAAGAAGAAAAAGUUUGGUUACAAGAGAGAGCGUGUUCCUUUUGUUUUAACCCAGGACUUUUUAAUUGUCAUCAGUAAGGGAAUUCAAGAGUGCACAAAGACCAGGGACUUUGAAAGAUUUCAAGAGAUGUGUUACAAAGCUUAUCUGGCCAUUCGUCAGCAUGCCAAUCUGUUCAUCAAUCUGUUUUCGAUGAUGCUUGGUUCCGGUAUGCCUGAACUGCAGUCUUUUGAUGAUAUUGCUUAUAUAAGAAAGACACUGGCACUGGACAAAACUGAACAGGAAGCUCUAGAGUAUUUUAUGAAGCAGAUGAAUGAUGCCCAUCAUGGCGGCUGGACAACGAAAGUAGACUGGAUCUUUCACACAAUCAAGCAGAGGGCUUUGAACUGAGCAGGAAGCUGGACGCAGGCUGUGGUCUUGCCAUCCACUUUGUGGGUCACGCACUGCACUAUUUAUACGGACAAGCAGCAAAGACCAGCUGCAUGGGAAUUGCACAAGUCACAAAAAAACAUUACUAUCACAACAGGCGCUACCAGAAUGCAUUAACACUAACAGGGUCUACAACACUAAAGGAGUACAUUUCAAGAGCUACAGUCUGAAUUUCAUAUAUUAUGCCUUAAGGUCAAACAGGAGGCUAAUCCUCUUAACCUGAAUUUUAGCACCCAAUGUAUAUGGUCAUGGUCUGUUUGAUACAAAUAGGAGUUUGGCAUAGAGAAUAUUUUUGUGAUUCCCAUGUGUGUUUUGGAAUGCUGAUUUCUCUACCUUGGUGCAGUAAUAACUAGGAACCUGAAGGGCACAACCCUUCCUCAAUGCCUCACAGUAUUGUUUAACUGCAAUGCAACUUUACGCGCUUAACAAGUGUCCUUUUUUUUUUUUUUCUUGAAAAUGUGAUACCAUGCAAGUCUUGUGAAAAGGAUAAUGGUCUUGUUUUGUCUUUCUCCAAUAUUUUUGUUUUUAUAAGCCUAUGUUUUAUACUUUGCAAAAGUUGCACCAUUGUUAUGAACACAACUUUCCUGAUGUGUCAGAGAUGCACACUGUAAGUGGGCGUUGUCAGUGCUCUCGAAUACACUUCACUGUAAAACUGAGAGAGUGUAUGUAUGUAUGUAUGUGUGUGUGUUUGUAUGUAUGUAUUGAGUUUCUUGUUUUGUUGUUUUUCAAAUACUACAAAAUGAGAGACCAGAAGGAUAUUGCAUUAAGUUAACUGCUUCUUGCACUGAGGAAUGUUGCUCUUAUUUUAAAUUUUUUAUAGUCUUCCUAGGCUAUGUUAAGAAUUUUAAUUUUAACCUCACCUGUAAACCCAUUUUUUUUGUUUUGUUUUUUGUUUCAGAAGUUAUUUUAUGUGUAAUAAGUAUCCAUGUUAAAGUGUAUGGAUAGUUUGUGUUUUUAUAAAGGUUAUGCAGUUAUUUUAUUUGUUAUUUCCCGCCGUCUUCUGAUGCGUGCAAUUUUGAGUGUACCUGAGUUUAUAUAUGUAUGCCUACAGUUUUUGCACACAGAUUCAUUUAUCCAUGAAGAUGUACCUAAAUAAAUUAACAGAUUACUUUUUAUAUACUAUAUAAAGCUCCAUUACAUUUUAGUAAAAUAGUCAAACUCACACACAUUUUACAUUCAUAUCCUAUAAGAUUGUGUUUUAGAUUUUUUUUUUUUUGUUUGUUUAUAAAUCUAAUUAUCUUUUUAGCAUUAUCUGAGCCUUAUCCAGCAUGUGUCCUUCUGAAUGAUUUCUGGAUAUGUAUGAUGACUACUGACAACUACUUUGAGAAAUUAUAGCAUUAGAAAGUGUGGCCUUUUUAAGUCGAGUUUUUAUUGUUACACUCCCCUGAUACCCCUCACGCCCUUUCUUCCCAUGCAUUGAUGAAUUUUUAAUGUGUGCAGUAGGACUCGUAGGCUUACUGAUAUUAAGGCACCUAAUAUAGAUGCCCUGUCUGGUAAUAGAUUGCGUCCCCAGUAAAUACAAAAAGUUUGUGACAACUGGAGAAAUUUUUGGAAUGCUGUAGUGUCACAGAGAAUGUCAUAAGGAAAGAUGCUAAAUUCAUAGACCAAUUAUUUUUUUUCUCAACAGCAAUAAUAAUACAUUUCUUUGUAUAGUACAUGCAGUGAUCCUGUAAGUGAUGAGGCUGUGACUUCUAAUAUAAAAAAUACCUAUCUAAAUUGAAGUGGCAGUAUUGUGCAAGUAUUGGUCUCUGCAUGCAUGGUUCUACCUACAUAAAGCAGUCACCAUUUACUACAUACCUCUGCAACUCAGCCCACUCACUUGAGGUGGGGAGCAAUGCAGCUGGGAUGAUGAUUUAUACAUCCCAGGGCAACUACAUCCACCCCCCCCCCCCCCACCAAGACACACAAAAUGUAGUUAGCAGCCUAAGUUCAGACUCUUCUCACUUGGGUUUGUCUCUUCCAGUAAUGCUGGCUGUGUGGUCUGUGUGUUAAGGAGUCUGUAGUUUGCUAUGGGCACUGGACUUUCUCUCUACAAACCAAUGUAACCUCUACCUGCAAAUAGCCUUGUAUCUGCUUUCCUCCCUAGCUACAGCCUGUGUGAACUGCCAUCGGUGUGUGCUUUCCAGACUCAGAUCUGUGAGAGCUGGGGCAGAAUGUCAGGAGAAACGCAAAGCUUUGAAGGAUUUUUCUUACCUUUCUCUGAGAGAUGGUAAGAUAAACUUGCACAGACUUCACAGCAGCUAAAAGGCAGGACAUUUUUAAUGAAGACUAUUUAGAAAGUUGCUUAAUUUUGUGUUCAGGAAAUAAAUAACAAUUAUUUGGUUCUUUUUACUGGAUGUGCUGGGGUUUAUUUUGUGGGGGGAAGAAAACAACCACAUUGCUCUAGAUCUGUACAACAUCUUUGGUGGGAGCAUGGCUUGUAAUAAGUAUAUUAUUGCAGUAAAAUUCUUCCUAAUAUUUCUGAAUGAUAUAUAUAAUGAUGGGGAUUUAAUGCCAAGUCUGAGAUCUCUCCUGAAGGAAAUCUGUAGACAGAGCUUUUUCUUUCGAGUUUGUUACCUCUCCUCAGUACAGAGCAGGGUACUCUGGCUUUGCUUGUGAUAGGCUUGUCGACUUGGUAAAGGGGUGAGAACACACUGCUCUGUUCUGGUGGACAAUGCUGGACGUGGAGCAGACGCUCUGGAAGGGAACUGGAUUGCUCAGCCAAGUAUUCCAAUAGAUCUAUUGGAAUCCUUGGCUGCGCGAUCCAGUUCCUUUCCUGAGCAUCUGCUCCACCUCCAGCAUUGUCCUGUUGCGCUCCAUUGGAUAUGGCGCGUGGAAGCCGCUGAAGCCGCUUUGGAUUUGUUGCAUGCUAUUUUGAGUGUUGUGCCUUGAAUUUUGAACAACCUUUCUAGGUGAGUGAAAUAGCUACAUUUUCUGUCUCUUACCACCCUUUGAUUCCGCACAUGGGAGCACUUUUGUCCCUUUAUCUGUUCUGGUGGGGGGGAGGGAUACAAACCCAAAACAGCACUGUCUGUACUUAUUUUUUUUUUUUUCUGAAGAGAUCGCUGGCUUUGCAUUAAAUCCCAUUCAGUUUUUCCAUCUUUAAAACACUAGUUGGAGUGAAAAACUGAUAUUUAGGGAAAACGACCUAAAAAGGCCAUGAGCUUGAGGUUUGCCUAUUCUGUCAUCACACUUAAGAUUACCAUAGGAAGUAAGGAUAGAUGGGAAGAGUAAUGGACAUUCAUCGAAACCGAUAAAAAGGAACAUUCAAUAGAAAAUGUGUAAAUUUUUGUACAUCCUGUAAGUUUGUCAUUUAAUAGCUAGCAAUAAACAUGAGGGAAAAAAUUCUGUAUACUGUGACAGAUUGCUGCAAAAAUAAAUGUGCUAAUGUAGUGAUGGGGAUUUUGGCAAAGAAAAUCUGAAACCUCUUUAUUAAUGGUAUGAUGCAAAGCCUGUUAGGAACACACAGAAGCACAUAUAGUUUAUGCUGUAAUAAAGGAAACAGUGCUUAGAAUGUAUGAAACCUUUAAUUCAGCUUCCACUUUUUCCAUUUGUUUUUAAAAUAUUCAGCAUAACUAAAUUAUAGGUCCAAAUGAGGAUAAAGAUUAUAGUAGUAGUCUGCAGCAAGUGUUAGAAUAGGGGUUCCACUGGUAAAAGAAGUAUUUUCCGUGUUAGAAACCAUUCACUUUCACCAUAUAAAACCCUGCUCCCAAUGAAAACUGGAAAAUAUGUGCUGAAAAGAAGUGACCUGCAUGACUAGAACACAUUUUCCAAGCUGUGUAUUUCAGUCUUAAAGGUGUACUCUGUUGGAAAUGUCUUAUCCACUAUCCAAAGGAUAGGGGAUAAGAUGUUAGAUCGUGGGGGUCUCACCGCUGGGGACCCCCGCGAUCUCUGGGCCGGCACCCCUGUCAUUCGGUGCAACUCUGCUCUGUGCCCGAUGACUGGCGAUGCAAGCCGCCAUGCCCCCUUCAUUCACUUCUAUGGGAGGAGGACGCCCCCUCCCAUAGACAUGAAUGAAGCAGGCGUGGCGUCACAAACGUGAUGUGAGGGUGUAUUCACACCAUGUUUUUGCAAUACAGUUCCCGUAUCAGGUUUUUGAUGAAAAACGGAUUCCUCAAAACCAGACUAAACUGUAUCAAAACCUGUGUACAAAUUUGAACCCUUUUACGGUUUGAAAAAUUAUGUCCGGUUGCAUCGGUUUGUUUCAGAAAAAACGUAAAAGUUUUUUUUACUUUUCACUCCAUUAUGAAUAAAGUUUUACUUGUUUGAUUGAAAUUCCAAGAGAAAAACAUAAAAGUCAAAAACCGUAUGGGGCAAACCGUAUGGAACUGUACGUACAUACAGGCCUCUACGGUUCCCAUUGACUCCCAUGUUUGAAAAAAAAAAUAAAAUUAUGUACGGUUUUGCACCCGGACCAAAAACCGUGGUAGGCUACGGUUUUGGGUAUGGGAAAAGCAUGGACAAAACCGUACAAGAUGCAACCAGAUGCAUCGUUUGGCAUAUGGUUUUCAAUACGGUUCCAUACGGUUUUCAAAUUGAAAACGUAUACGGGAACUGUAUUGCAAAAAUGUUGUGUGAAUGCACCCCAAGAGUGCUUAGGAGUUUCCUACACUCUUUUUCUCUUGAUGAGGUAUGUGGAACUAGUGAUAUGUUUACAGGAAACUUCAAGUCUCAUUACUCCUGUUCUAGUCUAAUUCCAAAAUGGUCUCUGUGCCUUAGCUGGACAUUUCACUUCUGUGAACCAAUAUUGUUCACAUAAAUGUGUUCUUUGUGUGGGAUCAUAGGAUUGUCAAAUUAAAAUAUUUGAUCUGCUGUAUUACAAUUGAAUUCUAGGAUACGUUCAGACCUACAGAAUCUUCUGCAUAUUUUGUGCAGCUGAUUUUGCUACCCAUUGAAGUUAAUCGGUAGCAAAAUCACCUGCACAAAAUAUGCAGCAGAUCCUGUACAUAUGAAUAUACCCUUAAUCUGCAAAAUAAAUUGUCCCUAGUAUUUACAGUAAUAGUGGCUGUAGUCUGUGAGUUACAAUUGCUGGCAUAAUUGGACAUUUAAAUAUACUUAGUCCCAAUUUACUCAUUCUCCUCACCCCCAGGUCAAUGGUGACUGCAGGAGGGAGUUUGUAUAGUGCAGAAGCUGCAUACGAGUGCUGCUGCUCCUCCAUUUAAACUUAAUCUGUAAAGUGUACCUAUGAUAUGCCACACAAAAAAAGCUGUUACUCGGUAUCUAAUCCUGAUCAUGUACAUAUAUUUUUUUUGUGUGUAGCACCUAGAUUUCUCUCAGAAAUACCUUCUUUCUGUUCCUCACUUUCUGUGCUUUAGAGGGGGUGUGUCCAAACUCUGCAUGACUCCUCUCUUAGUCUGCUGUGCUGGGUCUCCUUAGCCAAUCACUGCAGGCUGCUCUGUAACCCCUCAUCUCUGUUUUCAGACAGGAGAGUGCACAGAGGAGUGCUAGACCCAUCCUCACUCACUUGACUUUGUCCCAGUCUGUGCUUCAGCUGGGACAAAGAUGGUCCUGCAGUUGGACAGGAUUUUGUUCU